AUGGACGAGCACGACGACAGGCCCAUCGCAGUGAGGCGUGAACGCCGCAAGAGCUGUGGUGUUCGCGUGAAAAGCGAGCCUGACACACUACCUGAGAUGAGGACACCCAAGCGCAGUAACUGCAAGCGAAAAGCUCGGUUCUCAGAACCAGGCUUGUCGAGUGGCCUGACGCCGAUGUUGCGACGCACGGCCCUCAUGAACACGCCCAGCAGUCAUCGCCGUUCCUCAGCACCAGUGCCACGCCAGCACAGCGCCACCAGGAGUGCGAAUACCACUAUUAAUAGCGACGAGCCGCAGCCGCUACGACAGAUCCUUGAGGGCAGGGUCGAGCGCCGUCGCCGACGCUCCGCCCUUCGAACCGCGAUUGACAAGCUCGACACCAAGUAUCAGCGAACAGCCUCCAGCGCCAAAGCGAAAAUCGACAAUCUCCAGGAGCAGCUUCGCGCUCGCGACCAGGAAAUACACGAACUUCAGAAUGCCACAAUUAUAGUCGACACCAGUCGUGUCUGGGACCUGGAGCGCCAGGUCGAUGACUUGGAGCGUGAGCUCAAGCAGGCACAAGAUCAAGAGCGGACAGUGGUGCUUGACUGGACCAUGGCGGCCCGGGAUCCCUUUGAGGAACCCGACGAGGAUGAGGACAUGUUUGGGAAUGAGACAGUUGCCCAAUUGGCCUGCAGCACGCCUUCUCGCCGCGCAAGAGCCUCGUUCCCGACGCCCCCAGCCACGAGCCCCAUGGCGUUUGCCCCGGACACACCAGCUAGCGUGUCAAGAUUCCGUCACGCACAGACGGUCCAGCGAACACCACCAAGCCAUGUCGGCGUUCAAGCGUCCAUGCCUGAUCCAGAACUGACGGCUCGGAUGGAAGAGGUCGACUCGCUCAAGCGUGAAGUCGGCAAGCUGACGGGGACAUUGGACUCGUACAGACUGGUGGUGGGCAAGCUCAACCGGCGACUCCUCGAGGAUCCCUCUGGAGAGGAUGUCUCUGUGUCGUCGCUUGACACCAUCGAGGCGCAGGUCAAUAGUAUCCUCCAGACGCUGUCCGACCGCACGGCCGCGCUUACAGAACUCGAAUCAAACAUUGCAACACUCGGCUUUCCAGGCCAGAAUGCGAGCGAGAUGCUCACCACCCUCUCGGCUGCGUUCCGCUCCGCCCGUCUCGAGCUGGAGUACCUCACACCUGGUGAAAUUACUCUGCCGCUCAGCUCUCAUGGUGCCGAGGUGCUCGAUCUGAUUCUAGACCAGCUGCGCGCCCUGGCGCACAAGGUCAAGGAGAGUGACGAGACGGUGGAUGAGUACCACGCGAUCGAGCUCAGCCUACGACAGCAGCUUGAUGCGCGUGUGACAGCCAUGGAUGGCUUGCGGAACGAGAUCGCCGAGGCGAAAGAGGUGGCCGCAGCGAAAGACGCCGAGAUUGCCACCAAAGACAACCAGAUCCGCGACCUGGACAUUGGCAAUGAUCGUCUCAGAGGGGCAGUGGAUAAGUACAUCCGCGACAUUUCUGAGCUUGAGCGCCUCAUUGAGCGCAUGGAAUCGGAUGCGAACGACGCCAAUUCUACACAACUGGAGCGUCAAGAAAUGGUCAAGAGCCUCGAGAUCCAGCUCAAGGAAACUACACAACGCGCGACUGAGUUGCAGGACGAGCUUGAGGUCUCCCAAGCAAGCCACCAGAAGCACCUCUCCGCCGUGAAUCGCCGCUCGGGGCAAGCUCUCGCCCUCCGCGACGCACGUGUCGCUGAGCUUCGCACGGAAAUUGACAGUGUCAAUGCAUCCCUGAGACAAGCGCAUGAGCGCAUCAAGGAUCUCCGCGUCGAGAGGGACACUGCCGAGGCGGAGAAUGACAGCCUCCGUGGUGUCGUGGAGAACAUGAAAGCCGAGCUGCAGCGCGUCAUGAGGAUGAGCGAAGACUUGACGUCUGAAAGGGGUGAUGAUGGACCAGACAUCCCGGGCAAGAUGAUGUCGGGGAAGCUGGCGAGGCGAAGCAGCGGGAGGAAGCGAAGACGAUACGAUUCUGGACUAGGAUUCCUUGACGAGGACGAGGUUGACGUCUGA